AUGAUGGAAAAUAAAUACCCAAAUGAAUUAUUCUGUUAUAUAAAUAGAUAUAAUAUAAACGAAAUUAUAGAAAAUGGAGAAGAGAAGUAUGUAAAUGAAUAUUAUGAAGAUAAGAAUAUGUCAAUAAAUCAUAUGAAUGAAAACGAUGGUAUAUGUGAAUAUGAAAUACCAUUUUUAUUAGACUAUGUGGAUGAUAGUAAUAAAGAAGAUUCAGAGAAAAAUUCAUUAAAGAGUUAUCUCGAUGAUGGUGCAUCCACUAUCCUUUCAAAACCAGAUGAACUGGAAAAUUAUAAUAAACAAAAUGAAAAUGAAUUUGACGAAAAUAAUAAUAAUAAAAAUAAUAAAAUUGACCAAUUGAAGGAAAAAAUAAAUAUUAUAAUAAUACCAAAUAAAGGAGUUAUAAACAAUUUUGAAGAGAUAUUAAGCAUGGCAAAUCGUAAUGAUAAAAAUAUAGAGAAAAAGUUGAAUGAUAGAUUUUAUCAAAUAUGUUGCAAAAGUAUAGCUGAUAUAAACACACACAAUUUAAAUAAAAUUAAAGAUUUGAAAAAAAAAAAAAAUAAAGGAUCCUUAAAUAUUGAACAUAUAGAUUAUGGAGAUAUUUUUCUUACUAUACAUGAUACAUUAAAAAGUAAUAAUAAAAUAAAAGGAAACAAUAAAACUAACCUAUUACACGAUUCUUCUUAUGAAAUAAAAAAGAAAACAAGAAGAGGAACAAAUAUAUAUAAAAAUCCAUUUCAUCAUAGAGGUUCCUAUUUAACUUCGUUUGAAAAUCAAAAGGAUAUCAUUUACCUUAAUAAUUUAAAGAACAUUAUGAUGGAUAAAAAUAGUAAUUGUAGUGAUUCACGAAAAAAGGAAUAUUCGCAUUUCAAUUCGCAGGAGUUUUCAUAUGAUAAAUAUAGUAUGAAAGACAGAAUGUUUCUCAAAAAUUUGUAUAUGAAACAAAAUAGAUUAAGAGAUAAAAGGGGGAAAUAUCACAAAUUGGGAGAUUAUCAAAAUAUUGAAAACUAUCGUAAAACGGGUGAACAUAGUUUUGAUUGUAUGAAUAUGUCAGAUAUUAUGCAUUCAAAUAAAAUGAACCAUGUUAAUAUCAUGGAUCAUAUGAUUUAUAAAGAUAAUAACAAUAUGAGCAAACUAGUAGAUACAAUAAAUUCUCGUGAAAAGGAUGUAAAAAAUUAUGACGAUAACUUUGAAAGCUAUAAUAAUUUUUUUAAGAAUAAUAAUGAUGAACAACAUAUAUGUUUGGAGUAUGACCAUACAUAUAACUUAAAAGAUACAGUUAAAAAUAUUAUUGUUGAAGAAGAACAAUGUGAUAAGGGUGUUGCUUGUAUAUGUGAUAAGAACGAAGAUGUUGACGAUUUGUUUCUUUCAAAGAAAACGAAUUAUUCUUCUAAUAAAAAAAGAGAAGAUUAUGAGAAAAUAUUUCUUGAAGAUAAUUUACAUUUAAAACAAACCCCAUCAAAAAGAACAAAAAUUAAUAUAAUCCCAGAUUAUUAUGAUGACAAUAGAAGUAAUAAGAGUUAUAAGGAAAAUGAAGAGGAUGCUUUGUUUGAGGUAUGUGGUAGUUUAAAAAACGAUGAUAUAUUAUAUAAAGAUAAUAAGUUGAAUGUCAUAAAUGAAGAUAAUAUAAAGGCAGAGGAUGACAAAGAAAGUGUUGUUCAUUUAGAUAAUGAUGAGGAUAAAAAAGAAGAAAUGUAUAAAGAUGCAUAUCCCAAUGUAUUGUCUUGUGAAAAAAAAACGAUUAGGAGGAAUGAAAAGUAUAACGAAUCAUUGAACAGUACAAGUGCCUUUGAAAAAAUUGAUAAUCCAAGUGAAAUUAAUGUUGAAAGUAAGGAAGAUAAAGAAUAUUUUGAUUUAUUAAUAAAAAAAUAUGAGGAUACAAAAAUAAACGUAGAUGAUAAUGAAUAUCUUUUAUUGGAUCUUAGUGAUGAGCUACAUGAAGAAAUGGCCAAGGGGGAUUCUAAUAAAAAUGUAAAUAAAGUGGAAGAUAAUGAUAAUAAAAAGGAAAAGAUUUGUCAUGAUAAUAUCAUGGAAGAUAUUUAUCAUGAUAAUAACAUGGAAGAUAUGUAUCAUAAUAAUAACGUGGAAGAUAUGUAUCAUAAUAAUAACGUGGAAGAUAUGUAUCAUAAUAAUAACGUGGAAGAUAUGUAUCAUAAUAAUAACAUGGAAGAUAUGUAUCAUAAUAAUAACGUGGAGGAUAUUUGUAAUGAUAAUAACAUUGAAGAUAUUUGUCAUAAUAAUAACAUGGAAGACCAUGUUAAUUAUGAUAAUGAAGAAUUGAAUAAAAAAAUGGAUGAGAUGAAAGAAGAAAAGGAAGAAAGAAACGAGGAUAGAGGAAUAUACGAUGAAUUAUUAGAAAAUGAUAUGUGUGAUUUAUACAAUUUAAAAAUGCAUGAUUUGCAUAAUUUAAAAUCCUAUGAUUUUGGAUUAUCUAAAGAUUUAUUAAAAAAGGAUAUUUUUAUAUAUAGUAAUAAUUUGAAAAAUGAUGAUAUGGAUGAUGAUGAUGAUAAUAAUAAUAAUAAUAUGAAUGAUAUUGCUAUAGGUGAAAAUGUUAUAUAUGAAAAUGAUAUACAUGAAAAUAAUAUAGAUGAUAAUGAUAUGUAUAAUAAUUACGUGAAUGGAAAUGAUUUAUAUAUUAACAAUAUGCAGGAUGAUGCCAUGGAUGAUAUUGUAUAUGAUGAGGAAGAAAUUAAAAGCUUCCUAGAUAAAUUAAAAUCUGAUAUAUCAAAUCAAAUGAAUGUAAAAAAUGGAAAUGUCGAAGUUACAGGAAAAGAUGGUAAUGAAGAAAUGUCUUAUAUAAAUAAUGAUGAAAAUUUACAAGCUUUUGAUUUGUUAGAUAAUUUCCAUAUGGAUGAUUAUGGUAAUGAUUAUAAUGAUAAUGAAGAAGAUGGAGAUGACGAUGAACAAAAGAAAAGAAAACAAAAAGAGUUACAUAAUGUAAAUGGAAAAUUAAACUUAUCAGAUUUAAAUGAAUUAAAUGUAGAUGAUAUAAAUAAUAAUUUCUAUAUGUCAACUCCUCGAAAAUCUAUAGAUGAACGUAAAGAUACGGAAUGUCAAACAGAUUUUCCAUUAUUAGAUGUAUCAAGGAAUACUAAUAGGACUCCUAGAAGAAAAAGUGUGGAAGUAAUACUUGUAGAAAAAAAAUUAAAGAAAAAAAAACAGAAGGAUAUGGAUAAAUAUACAGAUCCAAAUGGGGAUAGUAAUAGAAGAUAUCCCAAAAGAAAUAGAAUUAAAACUUUGCGUUAUUGGAUAGGAGAAAGAGAGUUAACUGAAAGAAACCCUUACACAGGAGAAAUAGAUGUUGUAGGAUUUAGUGAGUGUAAAAAUUUGCAAGAUUUGUCACCUCAUAUUAUUGGUCCGAUUGAAUAUAAAAAAAUAUAUUUGAAAAAUCUUAAUAGUAAUGAACAUGAGGAAAAUGAAGAUAAUAAUGGGGACGUUAUUGAAAAUAAUAAAGGGGACGUUAUUGAAAAUAAUAAUGGAGACAUUAUUGAAGAUAAUAAUGCAAACGAAAAAAAUUAUAAAAAUCAUAAUAAUCUUGAAUCUGAAGGUAAGGGUAUUGUAUACGAUGAUGUAAAUAAUUUACAUGUUCACACACACAAUGAUAACAGUGCUCAUUCGAAGAAAAUAAAGGGAGCCCCCAGUAGGUUUAGUAAUACAAAUAAUGGAAGGAAGAAACGAAGAAGGAGAAAAUUCAUCAAUGUAGUUAAUUAUAUAAAGAAGAAGAAAAAGAAGAAACUGAUAAAAAGCAUGGAUAAUAUGGAGGUUACAGAUAAUUUUAAGAAUGAUAUGAGUGAUGAAAAUAAACAAAGUAGUGAUGAAAAUAAACAAAGUGGUGAUGAAAAUAAACAAAGUGGUGAUGAAAAUAAACAAAGUAGUGAUGAAAAUAAACAAACUAAUAAUGAUAUUAAACAAAGUGAUAAUGAUAUUAAACAAAGUGAUGAUGAAAAUAAACAAACUAAUAAUGAUAUUAAACAUAGUGAUAAUGAUAUUAAACAAAGUGAUGAUAUUUACAUGAAUGAAGAUAUGAAUUUGUUCAAUGAUUUAAAUGAUAACUUCGAUAACAAUGAAUAUUUCAUAAAUGGUGAUAAGGAUUCUCAUGCUGAAGAAGAAAUGGCCAUAGAAAAUAUUCAAACUAAAAGUAUAGAAAAGGAUAUUUUAAAUAAUGAAGAGCAGGAUAAUAAUAACAUCUUUGAUAUUGAUAAUGAACUUAUAGAUAUGAAGGAUGGAAAUGUAGAUGAAAUGGAAAGUGAUGAAAAAUUAAAAACUUUUGAAAAUUUGGAAAGUUUGAAAAGUACAACACAUUUAAACAAUACCGAUAAUUGUGAUGUAAAUUUAAGUGAACAGACCAAUGAAAUAAAUUAUGAUGAGGAAAAAAAAGUUAAUAUUGAAGUUAAUGAAAAAAUAAAUCAUGAAAAAAAGAAGAAGAAGAAGAAAAAAAAGAAAAAGAAGAAAAAAGAAAAAAAACAAAUAGAUAUUAUGUACAAAAAUUUGUCCAGACUUAAUUUAAAUUUGUUACUUCCAACCAAAAAAAAAGUUAAGAAAUCGAAAAACUCAUUUAAAAAAGAGGAAGAAAAACAAAAGAAGAGAAAUAAAAAAGUUAAAAAAGUCAAAGGUAUUAACAAGGGGAAAAAAAUAAAAAGUAAUAAGAAAGAAAAUAAGGACAAUAAUAAUGAUAGUAGUACAGAAUGUAUUGUAGAAGGAGAAAAAGGAAAAGAUUUACAUGAGUUUAAUAAAAAUGGAAAUCUUGAAGAUGAGCAAAUGGAUGUUGAUAUUUCUAUGAAUAUUUCAAGUAUAAAUUGUGAAAGUGAUAAUAAAAGUGUGAGUAAGGAAGAAGAGGAAGAAAAAAAAGACAUAGAUGAAAACAAAGAAGAGGUAGAUAUGGACAAACAUGAGGUGUAUUUGAACAAAGAAGAGGUAUAUAUGAACAAAGAAGAGGUGGAUAAGGACAAAAAAGAGGUAGAUAUGGACAAACAUGAGGUGUAUUUGAACAAAGAAGAGGUAGGUAUGGACAAAGAAGAGGUAUAUAUGAACAAAGAAGAGGUGGAUAUGGACAAAGCAGAGGUAUAUAUGAACAAAGAAGAGGUAGAUAAAGAAAACGAAUAUGAUGAAAAUAUUCUUAGUGAUAACAUAAUAUAUAAUGAAAACAAUUCAUUUGGAAACAAUAAGAACUCUUUUUUUAAUAAUACAAGUCCAUUAAAAACAGAAAUAAUAAAUGAAAAGGAAAAUAGUUUGAACGAAAUGGAAGAGGACAUGAAUGAAUACGUUGAAAUGGAAAACAAGUUGGAUAAGGAAAAAAUAAAGGAUUCAGAAAAAAUAUGUGGAAAAAUAGAGGUAGAUAGUAAAAUGAUUUCUCCUAUUAAUAGACAUAAUUUUUAUUUAACAAUUCUUGAAGGAAUGAAUAAGAAUUUUCCUAGGCAAUGGAAUAAAAAUAAUAUAACUUUAUCAAAAAAUCAUGGACAAAUUUAUAAAGGAAGGAAAGAAAAGAAAAGAAAACGUUCCUAUAAAAAUGAUGAAAAAUUACUUGAUCAUAGUAUAUUAAAUGAUAUCAAUAUAAGUGACAAAAUGGAUGAAAGAAAUGAAUUAUUAGAGAGUAUAAAAUCUAAUAGUACUAUCAAUAAUGUAUUAGAAAUUAUAAAAUAUGAUAAUAGGAAAAAAAUAAAGAAGAAUGAUACUAACAAGGAAAUAAUCAAAUAUGAUAACUUCACAUCUAAAUAUAAUAAUAAAAAUGAUGAUAUUCAAUUGAAUGGUGGAAUAUAUAUAAAUAAAUUCAAACUUUCUUUAGAUAUUCCUAUAAAUAAAUUAACGGUAUCUUCAAAUAUUGGACCUCCAUCAUCUAUAGGAUCAACAGAAAUACAGCCUAUUCAAAAGAAUUUCUUCAACGAUUUCAAAAUGAAUAUUAACUUGUACUGUAUUAGGAUGGAGCCACAUGAAAAAUACAGCUCAUAUAGCCAUAAAAAUAAUUUAGUUGUAUAUAUUGAUAAAGGAGAAAAAAUUAACAUAUUAAUUAACAUGUCAAAGACUUAUGAAAAAGGUGAUUUUUUUUACAUACCUAGAUUUUCUAACUUCCAAAUAAUUAAUGAUAGCAGAUGUGAUUGUGUUUUAUAUGUUUGUCCUUUAAUUUAA